GGCCGGCCUCCCGGGGGACCCGCGGCGCCCCGAGGACUCGCGGCCCGGCCGGGCUCCGUGUGGCCGGCGGCAGGCGCCAUGGAAGCCUUCACCCGCUUCACCAACCAGACCCAGGGCCGCGACCGGCUCUUCAGAGCCACUCAGUACACAUGCAUGUUGCUUAGGUAUUUGUUAGAGCCCAAAGCUGACAAAGAGAAGGUGGUAAUGAAGCUCAAGAAACUGGAGUCUAGUGUGAGCACUGGCCGCAAAUGGUUCAGGCUGGGCAACGUGGUCCACGCCGUGCAGGCCACUCAGCAGAGCAUCCACGCCACGGCCCUGGUGCCCCGGCUGUGCCUGACCCUCGCCAACCUGAACCGCGUGGUCUACUUCGUCUGCGACACCGUCCUGUGGGCGAGGAGCGUCGGGCUCAGCUCCAGCAUCAACAAGGAGAAAUGGCGGACGUGGGCCGCCCGCCACUACUGCUGCUCGCUCCUGCUGAGCCUGGCCAGGGACCUGUACGAGAUCUCGCUGCAGAUGGAGCGGGCCGCGCGGGACAAGGCCCGGAGGGACGAGGCGCUCUCCCGGGAUCCCCUGGGGCACAGCGUGGCCGACGAGGGGACGGAAUGGCUCCAGGCCUUCCUCCUGCUCCUGUUCCGGUCGCUGCGGAGGCAUCCCCCGUUGCUCCUGGACACGGUGAAGAACCUCUGUGACAUCCUGAACCCGCUGGACCAGCUGGGCAUCUAUAAGUCCAACCCCGGCGUCAUCGGCCUCGGGGGGCUCGUGUCGUCCGUGGCUGGGAUCAUCACCGUGGCCUGGCCCCAGCUGAAGCUGAAGAUCCACUGAGGCCGCUCCGGGCUGAGGACGGGCACCUCCCGGGGCGGGGGAUGGACGUUUGCAAUCGGCACGGACCAUGAGCACUCGGCGGCCUGCAGCGCGAGCAGGGGGCGGGUCAAGGAUGGAGGAGGGGGCGCAUGAGGAUGUACAUGUUUGUUUUUUUUGUUUUUCUUUGGAGUGCUGCGAUGACUUCUGAGUUCCUGAGUAUUUUCCCUUCGUCUGACAUUCACCGGGCCUCUCUCCUGCACACAGUAGGAGCUUGUGUUCGCUGAAUGAACAAACAUGGGGAGAAAAGAAACUUCUAAAGGUCCAAGCUAAUAAGGGAGUGCUAACACGCAGUAAUGUUUGGGCUGUGCCGCCUCACUGCUUGACUCACAGCUCUCAGAUCAGCAGAGGCCUCUUUCUCCAUACAGCCCAGGCGAGAUGCGGGGAGCUGGGCUUACAGCCUCGGAACCGCUCCCCCUGACCACCGCACCCCUGGCCUCCUUUCCGGAAGUGGGAUCAGAAAGGCAUCAGGCACCUCCACGGUAUCAGUUGUGUCCGAGGUAGCGCAGUGACCAAGCACUUAGAGAGAACUUGAGGCGAAAAGAACGUGGGAGGCCACCCCGAGGUAGCCUGUGACACAGGCGGACACGGGGUUUAAAGAAAGCCAUCCAGAACCUCACUCCUCUGCCUGCCAGUCCAAGGCCACCCAGGCCCGAGCGUGAGAGCCGUAACCGGGACCCAGCAUUACUCAUUGCAUCGCCUCCAUGACAGCUCGCUGCCGUCUGGGUGGAGGGCCGUGGAAGACUCGGAAUCCGGUGCAAGAAGCCUUUCUGAGAAUCGGUGUUGGUCAGUGGUUUCUAUUUUCUCCAAAAAUUCAAACCAUAGGGUGUUCUCUCCCCCCCCC